AUGAUGCGACGAAGAAGGGGUGGUUUAAAAUCUACGCGAAAGAUGGCGAAAAAAACAACACCGGCAGCGUUGCAAGCUGAAAUUUCUAAUAAUGAAGAAUGGGAGAAACUUCUUACAAAAACGGGUUUAAUAGUGGUUGAUAUAUAUUCAGAAUGGAGUGGACCCUGUACAGGAAUGAUCAGUAUUCUAAAAAAGAUUAAAAUGGAAAUUGGAGGAGAUGCAUUAAGUUACGCUACGGCUAAAUGCGAUUACAUAUCGGACUUAGAGCGUUUCCAAGGGAAAAGCGAACCAACAUGGAUGUUCAUACACAAUGGUCGAAUGGUGAACCUUAUGUUUGGUGCUCAAUGUCCACAAUUCUUAAAACUGUUAACGACGGAAUUGCAACGAGUGCAAAAUGGUCAAGAACACGAGUUUUCUAUACACGUAUCGGAAGAAAGUCCGGAAGAAGUAAAACGAUUAAAAAUUAUCGAAGAAACUAGAAUAGCUAAAGAAGCGGCAAAAAAAUCUCGAAAAGAAGCUGAAGCUGUAGCACUAUAUGAAGCCAAAAUGUUGCACUUGACUACUUCACUGAGCAACGAAACUUGCCUUUUACUUUACCCGUGGGUUUUUAAAGACGAAGAAGGUCAUAAAAGAGAUAAAAAAUCAAGUCCACCGUACGUAGAAUUGGUUGAUGAAAUAUUAGCAGAGAAUUACAUAAUUGAACAAGAAAUGCGAAAACGACUCAAUGAAGAUAUUCUUGACACGAUGUUUAAUGAAUCCGACUAUGUACCAUCACCAAAUGCCAAGCAGCUGCUUUUAGAUGGUAAAUGUAUGUUCAUACGGUUAAAAGUAAACGAAACGAAACCAGAAGUUGAUAUACAUCAGCACUUGUUAAACCUUUUAUUUGGAGAACCAGAAUUGCCCAACGCGGAAACAAUUCUUAACGAAGAAUGUUAUGCUAGGCGGCAUCGUCCUGCCUACGCAACAGAUGAAACUGAAAUGUUUCCUGUUGUAUGGACACCGCCAAAUUCUCGAAAUAAGGCAAUUGUUUUUCGUACAAUUUUUGCUACAUACACUAACAAUACAUAUGCUUACGAAGAUAAAACCGAAAAUGUACCUAUAGUUCUGUUCAAAUAUGAUUAUACGAGAAAAAAUGAUCUAACUAUGGUUUUACAAGAAUUUGAAGAUGAAGUAAUACAUUUUGGCAUUUUUGAAUCCGACAAACCGCCAGAAGCGAAACUUAUAGCAACGAGUAUUGCGGAAUUUGAAUUAAAUGUAAAGGAAAGAACGGGGUAUGAGACAUUUGUAUGUGUUGUAAAAAAAGUAGGAUGUGAAGCGUUUUUAGGGUUUGCUGGCAUUGGACCCUAUCAUGUAAGUGAAAAUCCAGAAAAAAGUAUAGAGGAAUCACAAUUAUAUUUCCCGGAUAUUACUGCUGUAGAGGAAACGCAAUCAGACGAUGAAGAAAAACCAGAAGAAUUAACAGAAAAUCCCGAAGAAAGCAAAAAUGUGACAACAUAA